GAAAGACUCGAUGAUGGCCAAACUCAACAAGAAGUGGUGCGCGGAUUGCAACCGACAGAUUAUCCGCAAGGUGGGGUACAAAGGACAUCAGGUCGCAGCAGACGCUGCAGAAUUGCGGCUGUCUUUCGACGGAGGCACGAAGCAGCAGUUGCUGUUGCAGAAGAGGCUGCAGCUUCUGCCCCUGCAGCAGCGGCAGAAGCUCCCGCAGAAGCAGAAGAGUCAAAGCGAGCUUCCCGGCGGCUCGGCUUCCAG